AUGGAUGUACGUUAUCGAACGAAAAAAUUACCGCACGUCGCCACCGUACGCGCUGUGGCCUCCAACCGCGCCAUCGCCAGUCGCACUUGCUCUGCCGUCCUUGUUGUGGCUGGUGUUGUCGCCGGAGACCCACCAUCGUUGGAGAAAGGGAGAGAGUCAGAGAAGGAGAGUCACGCCGGAGAAGAACCGUCGCGGAGCUGUCCCUGCCGCCGCGCCCAGCUGCUGUUGAGAGCCUUGCGGUUGCUCAUGGGGUUACGCCAGUUAGCUUCUGCCGCCGGAAAAUGCCCCUGCUGCCGUCGCCGGAGAAUUCUGCCGCUGCUAUUAUCAAAAAUUUGGGCCGCCGCCGUCACUCGAGAAUUAUUGGCGGAGCUGCUGCCGGGCUGCCGCCGAACCGGUGACUACUCUAACACUUUUUUUCUCUUUCAUAGAUAG